AUGAUUAUUAUUUCACUGCUCUUAUGCAUCUUUCUCAUUUUACUGUGCCAUUACCUUAUUCAUCAUGGAAGAUUUUGGCAACUUAUCGAUCAAAUACCAGGACCACCGCCGCUCAUAUUACUCGGCAAUACUCUUUUAUGGUGCACCGGUUCAUUAGAAGAGCAAUUGAAGACUCUGGAAAAAUACGUUAAUAUUUAUUAUCCUAUUGCUAAAAUAUGGUCUAUUCAUAUUGCAAUUGUUAUGGCUGGUCAUCCUGAUGAUGUAGAGACAAUAUUAAGCAACCCGAAAGAGCAUAUUGGAAAAGGGUUUAUAUACACAAUGAUGCAGCCUUGGUUGGGAACUGGCCUACUUAUUAGUGAUGGAACAAAAUGGCAUGAAAGAAGAAAGAUGCUAACACCAGCAUUUCAUUUUAAUAUUUUGAAACAAUUUGUUAAUAUUUUGAUCGAGGAGGGUAAUCAUAUGUCACAAUGCUUGAAAGACAAUAAAGAAUUGAUUGUUAAUGAUUUACUUUCUUUUAUUAGUCAUCAUACGUUGAAUACAAUAUGUGAAACCGCUAUGGGAAUUUCUAUGAAAGAUAUGGGCGAAUUUCAGCAACAGUAUCGCGAAGCAGUUCAUGAAACCAAUCAAAUAAUCGUCGCUAGAUUAGCAAGACCCUGGCUUUAUCCUGAUGUGAUAUUUGCACUUUCGUCACUGGGUAGAAGGCAGGCUAAGAAUUUAAAAAUAUUGCAUGGAUUCACCGAGAAAAUUAUUGCGGAAAGAAAACAAUUUCAUAAAAGCACAGACGGACAAUAUUUGAAGCAAUUUCACAAUGAUUCAGUAAACGACGAUGAAGAUAUAAUAGGAGCAAGAAGAAAGCGAUUAGCUUUGUUGGAUCUUUUGAUAGCGGCGUCCUAUAACAAUAAGAUGAGUGAUUUGGACAUCAGAGAAGAAGUUGAUACCUUCAUGUUUGAGGGUCACGAUACAGUAGCAAUGUCUAUAUGCUUCACGAUAUUAUUAUUGGCUGAGCAUAAGAAUAUUCAGGAUCGUGUCAGAAGAGAAGUUAAUGCAGUGAUGCUAGAGAACAAUGGAAAACUUACUAUGACAGCAUUAAACAAUAUGCCAUACUUGGAAAGAUGUUUGAAAGAAUCGUUGAGACUGUAUCCUAGCGUUCCUAACAUAGUGCGAGUUGCGUCUGAAGAUGUAAAGAUACAAUCAUAUAUUGUGCCUUCUGGAACAUUAUUAUAUGUUCCCAUUAAAACCAUUCACAGACAUCCCGAUUUAUGGCCAAAUCCAGACGUGUUUGAUCCAGACAGAUUUUUACCAGAAAAUUGUCAAAAUCGUCAUCCUUUUUCUUAUUUACCUUUUAGCGCAGGAUCACGAAAUUGUAUAGGUCAGCGAUUUGCCAUGUUCGAGUUAAAGGCUACAAUAGCUCCUUUGGUGCAUAACUUUUACUUGGAACCUGUUGAUUAUUUGAAAGAUUUUCGAUUCCGGUUAGAUUUAUUAACUCGAGUUGUACAUCCAAUUCGUGCAAAAUUUAUUCCAAUCGAAAAUGCAGCCAUUUAA